AUAUGAACCGCUCAAAGCAAGUUGAGACACACCCUUGGGAAGGAACUCUUUUUUUGAGGUAUAUGGAGUAUUCACAUUCAAGUAAGUGCCCUGGUCUUAAAUCAUUGCAACAGUGUGCUCCAUCUCCCUCUCCCUCUCCAUGGACCACUUCCCCUUAUAUAAAUGACAUUGUUAUCAUAACCACAUGGGAAGGAACUCUACCCAGAAACGCCCUAAUGAAUGUCCCAUCCAAUUCCGUUAACACAGCUCCAAAAUCUCGUUUCCCCUGCUCUCUUUUCAUCGUCUUCCUUCUGAUUCUCUCCCAUGCAUACAUCAUCGCAGCUGACUACAAACCCACAAAUAUUGGAGCAAUCGUGGAUGCUAGUUCCCGUAAAGGCAAAGAAGAAAAAACAGCCAUGGAAAUAGCAAUUAGUAGGUUCAAUAGGGAUUCGAAGAAUCUCCAGCUGUUUCUCCAUUUCGGUAACUCCACCGGAGAACCCAUUCAGGCAGCUUUCACUGCUCAAGAGCUGAUUAAAGAGAAGGAAGUGGGGGUGAUUGUGGGCACGGAUACAUGGCAGGAAGCAGCUUUAGUGGCUGAUGUUGGAAACCGGGCUCAAGUGCCUGUUCUUUCAUUAGCAGCAUCAACCAUUACCCCACCAUUAAGGCAGAUUAGGUGGCCUUUCUUGGCACAAAUGGGUAGCAAUGUUUCUGAACAAAUCAGAUGUAUUUCAGCUAUUGUUGGAUCCUACCAUUGGCAAAGGGUCAUCGUAGUCUAUGAAGAUGAUGCACAUGGUGGUGAUUCUGGGAUGCUAGCUCCUUUAUCUGAGGCUCUUCAAUACUUCAGUUCAGAGAUCGAGUAUACUGUGGUUCUUCCACCAAUAUCAUCUUUAUCUGACCCAAAAGAAGCCAUCAAUGAAGAGCUGAUGAAGCUUCUCAGUAUACAAUCAAGAGUUUUCAUUGUUCUCAAAUCAUCUCCAUUGAUGGCUACCCAUUUGUUCCAAGAAGCAAGGCGAAUGGGAUUUAUGGCGAGAGAGUCAGCCUGGAUAAUUACAGAUACCAUUUCGAGCUUCUUGGACUCCAUUGACACUUCUGCUAUCUCCUAUAUAGAAGGGGCUCUAGGAAUUAAAACCUACUAUUCCAAAACCAGUAGGCCCCUCCUAGAAUUCUCUGCUCAGUUCCAGAAAAUGUUUGAAAAUGAAUACCCAGAAGAAGACAACACCAAGCCGGGAAUUCAUGCACUACGAGCAUACGAUAGCAUUUCUGUCAUCGCAAAUGCCCUGGUGAGAUUAGCUAGUGAUACUAUUACUCCAAAAAGGCUGUUAGAAACUAUAUUAUCAAGCAAUUUCAAUGGUUUAAGUGGCAAAAUUAGUUUCCAAGGGGGUGAUCAAUUGGAUUCAAAUUCGUUGCCAUUGAGGAUUAUAAACCUUGUUGGAAAGGGCUACAAGGAGCUUGACUUUUGGACGCAGGACUUGGACCACCCUUUUAGCAGAGAAGGUGGAGAGGCAAAUAGUAAUAGAAGAACUACAAAGGUUUUGGAUGGUCCAGUGAUUUGGCCAGGGUACCUGAAACGUGUUCCCAAGGGAUGGGAGAUGCCCACUGAUGAAAAACGAUUGAAGAUAGGAAUUCCAGCUAACACCUCUUUUGAUAAGUUUGUGAAGGUGGACGAAGCUCAAAUUGAUCCUGAGAAAAAAUAUACUGGUUUCUGUAUUGAUAUUUUCCGAGAGGUGAUAAAAAUUCUGGAGCAAAAUUACUCUCUACCCUAUGACUUCCAUCCAUAUGAUGGCACAUAUGACGAGCUGGUUGAUCGUGUUUAUACCAAGACUUAUGAUGCUGUCGUUGGCGAUAUGACAAUAUUAGCAAACCGUUCAAGAAUAGUGGAAUUUACUCAGCCAUUUGCUGAGUCAGGGUUGUCCAUGAUAACUCCAGUUAAAUCUAGAGAAGCCUACAAGGCAUGGCUGUUCAUGAAGCCCUUCACCAUGGAAAUGUGGGUGGUGACUGGCGUUAUCUUGAUCUACACAAUGUUUAUAGUUUGGAUAUUGGAGCACCAAAACAAUCCAGAAUUUCAAGGCUCGUGGAAGGAUCAGCUUGGCACUACACUUUGGUUCACCUUCUCUUCUCUUUUCUUUGCUCACAAGGAAAAAAUUAAUAGCAACAUUACUCGAGUGGUGGUAGUGGUGUGGCUAAUGGUUGUAUUCGUUUUAACCUCAAGCUACACUGCUAGUCUCUCUUCAAUGCUGACAGUCCAACGACUCGAACCCAAUGUGACAGACAUCGAGUGGCUUAAGGUUCACAAGUUAAACGUUGGUUGUGAUGGUGAUUCAUUUGUGAGAAAGUACUUGGAGGAUGUUCUUGAUUUUAAAAAAGACAACAUCAAGAAUAUUAGCAGCGAAUAUGACUAUCCUAACGAAUUCCAGAAAGGCACUAUCUCAGCAGCCUUUCUUGAACUCCCUUAUGAAAAGGUUUUCAUGAAUCGGUACUGCAAGAAUUACACUGCCUCCAAUCCCCUCAGCAGAUUUGGAGGAUUAGGCUUUGUAUUUCAAAAAGGUUCUCCAAUAGCUGCAGAUGUCUCUAAAGCCAUCCUAACCCUUUCAGAGAGAGGGAUUCUACAAUCAUUAGAAGACAAGUGGUUCCCUAGCUCCGACGACUGUUCCACUACUGACACUAUUGAAUUGAGCCUCCAGAACUUCUGGGCUCUUUAUGUUCUAUGUGGCGCCACUUCCACCAUUUGUUUUCUGCUCUUCCUUUGUCGUCCCCUAUUAAAAUAUUUUCAGCAAAAAGAGCCAAGUGAAAGUGCCUGGAGAAGAACUGUUGAACUAGCAAAUUACAUCCACAAUGUAGAAAUUAAGAUUCCAGAGAGAGCUUCAGAUUUUUCUCAAGGGUCCAAUAGGGCCUCUUCAAGUGGUUCUCCCGGGUGGGUACCAGUGAGCCCUUCUGAUGCUCCUGAACCAUCAGAGGCCUCUCCUCCAACUGCUAUUCAAAUGAUAUGAACUAUUGAUUGUAGCUAGAACGAAUCUAGGACUGACCCCAUUAAGAUUCUAUAAGAGGUUGUAAUAUAUAAGAACUUAGGAAUUUAUUUGUUGUAAGGAGUUAUAAUAUUCAUUAAUUGAAUUGAUAAUUCUUCUAGGUUCUCAAGCUGUUCCUAUUAGACAUUGUUGUGUUGGUGUAAAUACAAAAUUUGAAUAUUACUUCAGAA